GUGGGAGAAAGACCCGGGGCCGCGGUCGCCCGGGGCACAGGGGCAUCGGCGGCCCGGGGUCCUCCCGGUUUGGCGUCCGGGCCUGGGGUCUGGCUUUCUCGUGCGCAUCCAGUAACUUCCGUGCGGUGGUCGGAGGUGGCGGCUUGCCGCCGCGAUCCCUUCGGGGUUGCCCAGGAGGGUGUGUGUGGAAUCCUGUCUUGAAGACAGCCCUGGCAGCACUCUCGGAGUGUAAAGUGAGGGUUGACCUAGAUUCUGUCUGGAUCGGGAGAUCAUGGUCUCUCCUCUCCUGACAUUGAGCAAUCAUGGAUCAAGUAAUGCAGUUUGUUGAGCCAAGUCGGCAGUUUGUAAAGGACUCAAUUCGACUAGUUAAAAGAUGUACCAAACCUGAUAGAAAAGAAUUCCAGAAGAUUGCCAUGGCAACAGCAAUAGGAUUUGCUAUAAUGGGAUUCAUUGGCUUCUUUGUGAAGUUGAUCCAUAUCCCUAUUAAUAAUAUCAUUGUUGGUGGCUGAGUUCGUUUUGGAAGAAUGUUUUUCAUCUUAGGGACUGGUGAGCAGUGAGGGUUUGAGAAGCUCAUGGAGUAAAACUUUGCCUAUGUAUUUUGUCAUGUUUUUCUUCCAAGAUGUUUUCUAUUCCUGAAUUAAAAUAAUUUCAAAGUAUUUUUAAAUAAACAUCUUUUUUCAUCAUAGAUAUAAAGUAUAAAUAUCACAUUUUAAUGAUGGAAAAUCAUAGAUUCCUUAUUUCUUUCAGCAUUUUGGUUUAUAGGAGAAAUUAAAGGGCCUGGUGAAAGAUUAA